CGAUCGCCGCAAAAAAAUAGUCGCUGCGUGAGUGAGGCGAGAGUGGUCAAAACCAAAAGCUUGAAAGAUUGUGGUAGUAAGGCUGCAAAUUCUGUUUUCACGACAACCGCCGCAAUGCUCUGUUUGAUGCCUCUUCAGCUUUUGUUUUCAUCAUUGCAACGCGACCUCCGUAAGAACAGUUUUGACAGCCCUGCUCGUUUUUUCAAUCAAUACGAAAAAGCAAUCAUUCAAACCGAAAUACCAACAUCAUGCCGUUGCUCAACAUCUACAACCUCGUGGCUUCUGUCGCGUACAUGACGAUGUUUUAUUCGCGCCUCUGUGCAGCCACCGUGCCCUUCGACUUGUUUCUGUCGACGAAACAAAGCCAUGAUUCUCCUGUGGACCGUGGCACCACGACGAAGCCACAUGCAACGGCUACUCCCGUCGAGCAGCAGGAAAAAAAGAACGCUCCGAUAAAGCCACUUCCGAUGAAACACGGUCUUCACGAAAGCCCAACGAUUUCCACCUCGUUUCUGAAAGCCCCGGCUCUCCUCGGCAUCGAAGCUUCCAUCAAGGCCUUACAUCCCAGCGAACCGGGCUCCAUGAUCAAGGCGGUUCUCGUAUCAAAUGUAAAAAUGUCUGGGUCUAGAAGAAUGCAACUCGUCAUGCUAAAUCUGCAGAUUACCAAAAGUCGUCCAAUUUUGACCAAGUCGGGAGGAAGUUUCUCAUGCAGGAUAGGCAUGAGAGAGAUCGCACGGAAUCUGUCAUGCUAGGUCCUGCAUUCCAGACCUCAUGGGUCAUGGAAAAGCUGCAUGACAAAUCGCGCACUCUUCCAGACCCAGACACUUUUACAUUUGAUAUCUCGCCGACGCGCUGCAGUCCGCUGCCAUGGCGGAAGGGGUCAGUCUGUCUGCGGCGCAGUUAUUGCGAGGAAAAAUCCCCCCUCCCCAUAUUGAAAACGAAAUUUGUGAUGCUGUAUUUGUGUACACAAAUCGACUUGUAUUGCUAGAAGGCGAAGAGGCGCAGUUGUGGCCUCGUUUGGAGGCAGUUUGUCAUGCUGUUUCCCACUUCCAGCUGUCUCCUGUGAUGCUGCAGAUGCAAGGCUUUCCCACGCAGUCCAGCACUACAGUCCGCAUCUUUUCCCUUGUAGCAUGACAAAGCUGAUUCGUGACCACAAAUCUGCAUCACAGAUUUCCGUUUUGAUAUGGGGAGGGGGAUUUUUCAUUUUGAUAGCAGUGCGGUCGAAAUUACGCGGGCUGUCCGCAGUAUCAAGUGUAAAAAUGUCUGGGUCUGGAAGAUUGCCAAGUUUGUCAUGCAUAUUUUGCAUAACCCAUGAUGCCUGUAAUGCCUUGCCGAGCAUCACAGAUUUUUAAACGGCCUUCUGAAUCUGAUGCGUAUUCCGCAUGAGAAACGCGCACUCCGCGUAGCACAAACUGAACUCCUCUUGGUCUUGCUGGUCAUGCAACACAGAUUUUUUUUACCUUCCAAAGACAGCAUCACAAGUUGCAACCUUCCAGACCCAGACAUUUUUACAUUUGAUACGCAGGGGUGGGGCGCGAUUGGCACCGAGUGUCUGUCCCCCGUUGGGUACGCGGGGCCGUGCGCGAAGAGAGUUGACUUUUCCGGCUUGACCGCGUUGGAGCGCGCUGUGUUGGCCGAUGAGUGCGGUGCGGUGUUUCCGUGCUUCUGAAACAAGUCUCUUGAUGGCAGCGGACCUUUUUGCUUCUGAAAGUCUCUUGAUGGCAGCGGACCGAAGAUGCGGUCUUUUUGAUUCUGUUGCAGUCUGCUAUUUCCUGUGGAACCGGACGGUCGUUGUCACGGUGUUGUUUCUCCAAGAAUAUUUUUGGUCGUGAACUCUUUUUGCACUUAUCGUGCCCGUUUCAACAAAAA